AAAAAAUGAAAUGGAGACAGAGAGCUUAAGUAACUUGCCUGAGGCCACACAGCUAGUAAGUGGCAUUGCUGAGACUAAAUUCAGGCUGUCUGGAGAACAGGGAACUGUGAAAGGAUGGUAAGAGAGGCCGGGGGAGACCUCUGAGCAGGAGACAGCUAAGCAGUAGCCACUGAGAAGAAGGCAGCCAUGGGAGGCUCUGUGGGAAGAGCAUUUUAGGUGGAGGGAACAGCAUUUGUUUGCAGGCUCCCGGGUAGGAGGGCUUGGUGCAUCUGAGCUGCUGCACAGGGGCUCAUGUGACUCGGAGCAUAGUGAGCAGGCAGCAGAAUAGCUGCAAGAGGCUGAGACGAGGCUGUGAGGUACAGCAGGCUGAGGGGCCAGGCCUCGUAAGCUGAGUUUGGGGUUUGGAGUGCUGUGGGUUGUGUGGUCCUGCCCACUAGGCUAUGCGUUCCGUAAGGGCUCUCUGGCCCCAGGCUUAGUGCCAAGAUGUGCAGUCCCUGCACACCGAGCUCAGCAACCCAGGGAAACGCAUCAUCCUGGCUCCUGCUCUCUGAAUGGCCAGCACCUUGAUGGUCCCCGCUGCCUUCCCAUUCACCCCUUGGCUCACAGACGGUACCAAUCGUGCAGAUGAGGCACUGGGAGGUGAGAUGAUGGCCUGGGCUUAUACAGCUGGCAAGAGACUCAGAGCCCCCACUUGCUGGCCUGGGACCCCUUUUCCAUCCCUUGUCUUGGCCAGGGAGCCAUCUGCAACCUCUGUGCACCCAGACAGGUGCAUUGCGCAUGAGGACCCACCCCACCCCCCAGCCGUCUGUGCCUACUGUCACACAGACAGUGCAGAUGCAAGAUGGCCCCACCACACACACCUGUCCCUCACCUGUGCCUAGGGUGGUGGCAGGGCCAAGCUGGCAUUCCUGGAGCCUUUAGAGGGCUGCCCACCGCUCUGCCAGACAGUGGGAAGGAUCCAGAGACUGGCCUUAGAGACGCUAACUCACUUUGCCUCUGCAGGCCUGUUUCCUCUUGUGAACUAGGUCUGUUUCUGCUGAAUCAUUGGCAGGAUUAGAGACACCGAAGAAGUGUAGAACUUGGCACAUAAUUGUCUAUGGCAAAUAUUCCUUCCUUUCUUUUAAUCUCAUGUGGGCUUCAGUUUUCUCAGUGGCUCAGUGGCGGGGUCAGUUGGUCAAAUGAGAUGGUAAAAGCAAACUUUUCUGUUGAGUACCUACCCUGACCUACUAAGUGUCAGGCAUAUUUAAACUUCGCAACAGCUUUGCAAGGCUGCUGGAAUUCAUCUGGCUUUACAGAUGAGAAAACCAAGGCUCUGGGGUGAAGUCACUUUGAUCUAGUUAGAGAAUUCAAAGGCUUGUCUGAGCCCAAGCUCCAGCUGGGCAAGGGCCCUGGAUGCUGUGGCUUCUCUCCUUGUCCUGGGCCGACCUGGCUAAGAAGAGGAACUGACACCUCUGUCUUGUGCCUGCUCUGUCCUGGGGCUCCAGGGACAGAUGGUGCUGCUGGCCGGGUCCUCUGCCAGCUCCCCGGGUGAAGGCCUGUGUGCUCCCGCCAUUCCCGGGAGCAACGUCCUUGCAGGUAGGAGGUGCAUCUAACCAGAGAUGUAAAGGAUCAGCAUCUGGCACUUUGGGGACACAGGGAUGGGCCAGACUAGAACUGUCCUCAGGUGCUCCUCGGCUGAUGGAGAGACAGAGAGAGUUACAAACUAGCCAUGGCAGCACAGUGUGGCCAGGCUGUGACAGAGGGAAACCUUGAGGUAGCUGCUCACCAGCCUGUAGGUCAGGGCAGGCUCCCUGGAGGAGGUGAUGAGUUAGCUUGGCCUUGAAAGCUUUUCUGGGCUAGGCAGCAUGGUCCAGGCAGACGCACCUGUAGGUGAGAGGUGGGAAAGAGCCAGCUCCACAAGGAAAUGAUGAGGGAAUUUGGCAGUGACCUCUGAGGACACUCUCCCUGGCCACUUCGUCCACGUACUAUGAACAUCCUGCCUGGCACUGCUUCAGAAAUCAUACAUUAACUAAUUAACGUCACUAGACAUGAGAUAUUUAGCAUAGUUUUGGAGAGGCAGCGCAGUGAGAGGAAGUAGCUUUGGUGGUGAGAAAAGCAAAAGCUCAGCUCCGUCACUCCCUGGCAAGUCCUUUAGAUAACUCCUGCCUCGGUUUCCUCUUCUGUGCAAGAGGGACAAUUGUCCCUCACAGGGUUUUGUGAGGGUUAAAAGAUACUAUGCAUGCAAAGCCAUUAUAUAAUGCACAUUUAGAAGGCCUGAAACAUAGCAGGCACUCACAAACCUAUGGUGUGGCACUGGGACUCCAGAGAGAAUGCGACCUGGUCCCGGUCCUCAAGGAGCUGCUUAUCUCCUCAUGUGCACACCCACUCUACAGUCUAGAAAGCGCUGUACGUGCCUGACCUUGUGUGGUUGUCCAGAAGCCCGGUGAGUCACAGGCCGUCAAGCAGCUGCUGCGCUGUGGCCCAGGGGCGACCAUCGUUGAGACCUGUGAUCUGCUCUGGGGGUGUGGCCUUGCCCGGGUGUGGCCCUGGACUCGGUCAGAGGUUGGGAAGGGGGAGUGGCCCGGAGUGUAUCUAAAGCAGCCUCUGGUUUCCGGCAGGACUCCUGGGCUGAGCUGGACCAGGGCUUCGCCUCUGUGUUCUCGAGCCGCACGUCCCGGAAGUCAGCCUCACGUGCAGGGGACGACGGCGCCAUGGCGGAUGGCGAGGGGUACCGCAACCCCACGGAAGUGCAGAUGAGCCAGCUGGUGCUGCCCUGCCACACCAACCAGCGCGGCGAGCUGAGCGUCGGGCAGCUGCUCAAGUGGAUCGACACCACGGCCUGCCUGUCCGCGGAGAGGCACGCUGGCUGCCCCUGCGUCACCGCCUCCAUGGACGACAUCUAUUUUGAGCACACCAUUAGUGUUGGACAAGUGGUGAAUAUCAAGGCCAAGGUGAACCGGGCCUUCAACUCCAGCAUGGAGGUGGGCAUCCAGGUGGCCUCCGAGGACCUGUGCUCUGAGAAGCAGUGGAGUGUGUGCAAGGCCUUGGCCACCUUCGUGGCCCACCGGGAGAUCUCCAAGGUGAAGCUGAAGCAGAUCACACCGCGGACAGAGGAGGAGAAGACGGAGCACAGCGUGGCAGCUGAGCGCCGGCGCAUGCGCCUGGUCUACGCGGACACCAUCAAGGACCUCCUGGCCAACUGUGCCAUUCAGGACGAUCUGGAGAGCAGAGACUGCAGCCGCAUGGUGCCGGCAGAGAAGACCCAUGUGGAGAGCGUGGAGCUCGUCCUGCCCCCCCACGCCAAUCACCAGGGCAACACGUUCGGCGGCCAGAUCAUGGCCUGGAUGGAGAACGUAGCCACCAUUGCAGCCAGCCGGCUCUGCCGUGCCCACCCCACGCUGAAGGCCAUCGAGAUGUUCCACUUCCGAGGCCCAUCCCAGGUCGGGGACCGUCUGGUGCUCAAGGCUAUUGUGAACAACGCGUUCAAGCACAGCAUGGAGGUGGGCGUGUGUGUGGAAGCCUAUCGCCAGGAGGCCGAGACCCAGCGGCGGCACAUCAACAGCGCCUUCAUGACCUUCGUGGUCCUGGACGCAGAUGACCAGCCCCAGUUGCUACCCUGGAUUCGGCCCCAGCCUGGGGAGGGCGAGCGGCGGUACCGAGAGGCCAGUGCCAGGAAGAAGAUCCGCCUGGACAGGAAGUACAUCGUGUCCUGUAAGCAGAUGGAGGUGCCCCUCUCUGUCCCCUGGGACCCUAGCAACCAGGUGUACCUGAGCUACAACAACGUGUCCUCCCUGAAGAUGCUCGUGGCCAAGGACAACUGGGUGCUGUCCUCAGAGACCAAUCAGGUCCGCCUGUACACUCUGGAGGACGACAAGUUCCUCUCCUUCCACAUGGAGAUGGUGGUGCAUGUGGACGCGGCCCAGGCCUUCCAGCUGCUCUCUGACCUGUCCCGGAGGCCGGGGUGGGACAAGCACUACCGGAGCGCGGAGCUGUUGCAGCAGGUGGACGAGGAUGAUGCCAUCUACCAUGUCAUCAGCCCCGCCCUUGGUGGCGAAGCCAAGCCCCAGGACUUCGUGAUCCUGGCCUCGAGGCGGAAGCCUUGUGACAACGGGGACCCCUAUGUCAUCGCUCUGAGGUCCGUCACGCUGCCCACACACCGGGAGACACCGGAGUACAGACGCGGGGAGACACUCUGCUCCGGCUUCUGCCUCUGGCGCGAGGGGGACCAGCUGACCAAGGUGUCCUACUACAACCAGGCCACCCCAGGCUUUCUCAACUACGUGACCACCAACGUGGCGGGCCUCUCCUCCGAGUUCUACACCACCUUCAAGGCGUGCGAGCAGUUCCUCCUGGACAACCGGAACGAUCUGGCCCCCAGCCUCCAGACCCUCUAGGUGCCCGCAGUGGCCACAGCACCCCCACCCCCACUCCAUGCUGCCCCCAAGGACGCACCUGCAGCUCGUGGAGGAAGGCAGAGGCAUUUAUUCUUCCCUGCCCCCCCACCCCCCGUGGGAAGCCUUCACCCAGAGGCCCAUGGGCCCACCACCACUGGGUGCUCAGUUCCUGCCAGCAUCUGCCAGCAAGUCCUCGCGGUAGCCCUGGGGCAGCCUGUAGUAGACUCGGGUCCUGUCCACGGCCCUGGCUGCCAGCAAUGAUGCCUUCACAGAGGCAUAGCUGCCCCCGGCAGAGCUGUGCUCCACCGUGACGGUGGCCCGGGGCGAGGCUGCCAGCAGCCUGGCCACUGCUCCCGCUGUGCUCAGGCCCAGCGGCCUGGCCUGCAGCUGGAAGGACACAGGCUGCCAGAGCUCCCGGCACAGCUCCAGCAUAUCUGUAAGCAGCUGUUCCCUGUAGCCACUGCCCAGCACCUCUGCAGGCCAGCCUGGUGCCAUGGUCACGUGGGGGAAGACCUCUGCCACAGCUUUAAGCAACUCUCUGCCGGCCACGUGGCCAGGGACCACAAAACUCCCAUGGGAGAUGGUGGCCCCAACCCACACAGGCCGAGGCAGGAAGCCAUGGGCGGAGAGGCGUGCCAGCAAGGCCAGGGAUGGCCGGAGGGCUGUAGGCUCUGCUAUCUGCAGAUGGACGCCCCAGCGUCCUGGGUGUGUGGCCAGCUGCAGCAGGCAUGACUCCAGUGUCAGGACAGGGCCACCUGGGGCGUGGACGAUGGGCACGGAGUCCUCGGCUACAGUUCCCUGGAGGCCGAUGUUCAGCAGGACCAUGCCUUCUCUGUCUGGAAGAGGCACAGAGACAGCAGUGUAUAGGGUUUGGGUGUGAACGUCCCUUGUUAAAGGGGCAGUGGGGGCAUCUGGGGACAGCCAAGGACAGGAGCUGGUACCUCACCUCUCUGGAAUCUGUCCACCUGGUUCUAGGCUCCAGGUGGAAGGGUGGCUUUAUAAAUGUGCCUGGUGCAUGAGAAACUUCUAGUUCGACUCUUGGCCUUCACCUGUGCCUCAGCCUUGGGGCCUGUGCCCUCCUUGUCUGCAGCAAAACGUGGCUGAGGACUGACAGGUACCGGCCUGAAGGCCAAGAGGCCUCUGGACACCACUGUUCCCUCCCUUCCUCUCCUGGGCCUACCUUGUAUCCAGGGUGGCGUGAAAAGACCCCCUGUUACCAUGGUAACAGAGACCCAGGUAUCUACCCCAAGCAAAUGACACCCAUGAAGUGUGGCUGGGGACACAGGGCUAAACCAGGCCGUACCUGGGAGGGUCACUGCUGCUGUUCUUCCCCUGCCCUGGACGUCAGGGACCAGCCACUCCACGUCCAGACCGUCACCCCCGGGCAGCUGGAGAAGAGGGAUCAGGCUGCCCCCGGUGUAGUACGUUCGCUUCCGAGUGGUAUUCGCUGUGGGGACCCAAAUUGCCAAGAUGAGGGGGCUGCCAUCCAUGGAGCUCCCACUGUAGGCCACAGCUCUACAGGUCCUCUCUAAGCCUCACAACACCCUUUUGUAGACAAGCGACCUAUCCGAGGUCCUACAACCAGUAACGGAGUUGCCGGGAGCCGCGUGAGUCUGGCUCCAAGCUGGUGUCCUCCCCCCUCGCCGAGUCAUGCGGGUCUGUUGGAGCCUCCUUGAGGCGGCUUCACUGCAGGCUCUCCUAGGGUCAGGGUCAAGGAACGAGAGACUCGGGCAGUGGCCUCUGGACCGCUGACUGGCAGGUCCACGGAGGGGCUGCUCUGACACGUUCCCGUGACCCGCAGAGGAGCCGUGCCCCAAGGGAAGCACAUGGGGCUAGGAUUUACUGGCUCCAGUCUGACCUGUACCAUGUUAAAUAUAUAAAUUCCUUAAUGCUCUG